AUACAAUAGGUCACUGUGUUGGUGACAGAGACAGUGCGAAGUUUAAAGGCGCUCACUCACAUGUGCACUGCGUAAACACUUGAGAAAAUGGCUAGCAUAUAUCAAUUUGUUACGGCCUUCACUGCGCCUAAAGGGAUUCAGUUCGAUUGACAUACCCUGUCUAUCGACGCGCUGAGGCAUUCAGGGACUUACCGGAAACCAAACUUUUUCUUCAAAACUUGUUUCGUAGCUGAGUCGAACGCGUCGAAAGAGGAAAGAAAGAGACAAGACCGUUCCGCGUCCAAACUUUUACAGUUCCUUAUUUUCUUCCUCAUAUUCGCGUCAUGUUGGAUAAUAGUUGGUUGCUGUCUAAAAGAAGUGAAAUACUGACUUUUUGUCAAGGAUAACGGCCGCCUUCGAGUGUUAUUCCUCCACACAUAGUAUAACGGAUAUUCGUUUUUAUCAUGGAAGACGAAGUGAAAGAGGACCCCACCAGGCCCAACGAGGACCCAACCAGGUCCAAAGAGACCAUGUCCACAUGGAAGGCCGGUUGGGUGAAAAAGGCCUCAGGCAGGUUCCUGGCCAGCUAUAAGGACCGCUACAUCCAGGUGCAGAGGACAGAGCUUGUGGUGUACGAGAAUGAGGACCUUGCAACCUACUUGGAGAAAGUGGACCUGGAAAACUACGAUAAGUGCCACGAGUUGAGGAGCGCCUUCAUGAAGAAGAAUAGACUGGUGUUGAUACGAGCGGCCAAAUCAGGGAAUAAGGUCCAUGAUGUCAAGUUCCAGGCUCAGAACCUGGAGGAGAAGGAGGCUUGGAUUAAGGCCUUUAGUGACGGCAUCAACAGAGCAAAGAAUAAGAUAUUUGACGAGGUGAAGAUAGAUGAGACCAGUCAGCUGGAGCAUGCGACACGCACAAGGGCGAAAGGAAACCGUAACAGAAGACCACCGACCAGGAUACACAUGAAAGAGGUUGCCAACGUCUCAUCAGACGGCAUUCUCCGUCAUGACCUGGACGCGGUGGACGCCAGCAUACCCAACGGGACACACCACAUCACCACAGACACCACUGACACUCCCAAAAAGGCUGUGAAGCCCCCCAUGCCCCCCACGUCCAAACCCAGCGAGGCCCCAGAGGAGUGUCAGACCACCCAGAGCCCUGACGAAGGUCUGCCGUCUGAAACGGAGCCCAGUCCCCAGAAGGUCCUGGAGCCCCCCAUGCCGCCCUCCAAAGAGGUCGAGGCGGCUGCUGCUUCUGCAGGGGACCAACUCUCUGAUGAGACUAGCACUGACAGAAGCCCAGAGAAAAAGGUCCUGAAGCCUCCUAUGCCGCCCUCCAAAGAGGCCAAGCCCACAGUGUCUGCCGAGGACCAACCACCUGGGGAAACCGCCCCUGAGAAAGAGGUCCUGAAGCCUCCCAUGCCGCCCUCCAAAGACACCAAGCCCGCAGCUCCAGCCGGAGACCAGCCCCCCAGGAACACCAGCCCCGAGGGCAGCCCAGAGCAGUGCUUCGAGUCUGGGGUCGAGUCAGCACCACCACCCACCCCUCCCGGCAAACCCAUCGGCGGCUCCACAGACAACCUGGCCGAGGCCUCCCAAUCCAGCCAGGAACACAGGCCGCCCACCCCACCGUCCAAAGACAAGAAGCCCACUCAGACAGCCGUGCAGGAGGGUACAGAGGAGGCUAGUGGGAGGAGGAAGAAAAGUGAAGAGGAUGAGGCAGAGGAGGAGGAAGAGGGUUCUGAAACGAUUGCAUCUGACGUUCAACAAAGCAGUAUCCCUGAGGGGGCUGAGGAUGAGAAGGAGUCUCCUUCCUCUCAGCUUACAACACCCAUGACCCCCCUAGAGGUCAAAGUUGAACCCUCUGUGACUGACCACCCAGAGUUCACCACCACCACCAUAGAAGAAGAGACGCAGAAAGUUGCCGAGCCCAUGGCUCAAGAACAAAAGUAUGCUCCUAGUGGUGGAGUGGAUAUAUCACCCAAUGAAGAACCUCAGACAAUGAAGUCUUCCCAACUCACAGUAACGCCGUCAGUUCAGACACCGGAGCCAAUCAAAAAGAGCCCUGGCCCUCCCGGACCUCCCAUAAAGAAGAAGCCCGUCGUCCUCCCUCCUCCCAAAGCAGUGGUGGUGGCUCAAGACGUCCACCUAAGCGAGCCUAAGAACCAAGCGACAGACAAAACCAAGAACAACAUCAUCACCACCACACCAGGAGAGAAACUCAACUCUAUCACUUCACCAACACCAGCCGUGGUGACCACAACCAGCCCGACUGAAGAAACAGAGGACCUGAAAGUUCCUGUGGUCAUUGCGACUAAGUCUGAGUUCCCAGUUGUAGUUCUCUCUCUGAGUGACCCUGAGCCAGACAGCUCCUGCUCCAGCCCCGUGUCCUGCCACCUCUCCCCGGAAAAGAAGAGUGAGCGUGAGGAGGAAAAGUCAGUCGACAGCGGCCAACACUCGGACAUCGAUGUCGACGAAGAAUGGUCAGAGAGCAGGGACACUUUGGCGGCCUCCACCGCUGCCCUAAUGGGCAGCCAAGCUGGCCUGGACGCGCUGAUGGAUGAGAGUCAAGAUGGAGACACGGAGACCCCCAACAGCUUGGGACUCAGCACUGUGGAGGACUGCCCUUCUAUGACCCAGACCCCCCAGGACAAUCCCUCUGGCCUACACCCCACCUUCCUCCAGGUGAGGGUCAGUCAGGCCUCCCAUUGUCCCCCCAUCCCCUUCAAACCCUUAGCCAAACUCAUGUCCACCUCUUUGGGGGAUCUCCUCUCUGAGGCCUCAUUGGGUGAAAACGUGAACCAGCCAAUCACAGACGUGGCCGUGACAAAGGCCACCGUGGGUCCUCAAGACUUGACAGAUCUUGAAAAUGAAGUGGCCCUGGAGCUGGAAAAUACAGGGGAGCUCCUGGGGAGCUUCGUCCCCAAAGGGAGCACCGAGGUUGGGCAGAACUCGGCCCUAGCGGGGGACGAUGGCCUGGAGGACAGGUCGCCGGAGGAGCUGCUAGCCAGAGCCAUGGAGAAGCUGAGGAAAGCAGACCAGUUCCUCAGGCAGGCCAAGUGUAUGAAAGACUCAAAACAUUCUGAGAAUACUGCCAAGAGAAACAGCUGGUGAUUGUUAAAUAUGAAGGAGAAGUAGGGAAAAUGUAUUGAUUGAUGGUGAUGGAAAGUAGUAGCUUUGAAGGACGACAGGUGUUUUCUUAUUCUGGCUGAUUAUGCAGCAUAUUUAUGCAAGUGUUCUGCUGAGAUUUAGCUAAGUGCAAUUUUUUACACUUUCACUUUUCUCCUGCAAAUGCAGGUUGAUUGUACUUUUUGUACUUAAACAUUUUUUUAAACAUUCCACAUUAAUCAUCAUCACUUUCCCAAGGAUAUUUACUUGAAUACUUACAACCCCCGAUCAAACUUUUUAAUGAUACAUUUAAGGAUGUUACAAAAUGGCGUAAGUCUUAGGGGAUGUCGGAAGUGCCUGCAACUUUUUGUAAUCCACGUUUUGAAUGGAUACAGAUUGGUUUCCUCUGAAGUCCUCUUUGCCAAUCAAACCAUGAUGACAUUUGAAGUAAUCAUGUAUACGGUGGGUUGUGUUUAUGUAGUUCAUGAAAAUAUAUUUGAAGUUAUUUGUCUUGAAUAACUACUUCCAAGUGUUAAAAGAAUAUUCAGGUAUUUUAUAAAAUGUCUGAGACAAGCUCUGCCAGUCCAAAUCUCAAUGGCAGAGUGUACAUCAAAUUUGACACCACACCUAUUUUACAAGCCUCCCUUCUGACCGCUAAGGGCCCCAUUUAUUCAACAUUUGCACUUUGCAUCAGGUUUCAAGAUUGCGCUGUACGUUUACCAUCAGGUAUCAAGAUUGCGCUGUACGUUUACCAUCAGGUAUCAAGAUUGCGCAGUACGUUUACCAUCAGGUAUCAAGAUUGCGCUGUACGUUUACCAUCAGGUAUCAAGAUUGCGCUGUACGUUUACCAUCAGGUAUCAAGAUUGCGCAGUACGUUUACCAUCAGGUAUCAAGAUUGCGCAGUACGUUUACCAUCAGGUAUCAAGAUUGCGCUGUACGUUUACCAUCAGGUAUCAAGAUUGCGCAGUACGUUUACCAUCAGGUUUCAAGAUUGCGCUGUACGUUUACCAUCAGGUAUCAAGAUUGCGCUGUACGUUUACCAUCAGGUAUCAAGAUUGCGCAGUACGUUUACCAUCAGGUAUCAAGAUUGCGCAGUACGUUUACCAUCAGGUAUCAAGAUUGCGCAGUAAGUUUACCAUAGGGAAUUGGACAUAAAAGGUUCAAUGAAAAGGCAAGAAUAACGGAUCUGAAAGUGAAUCAUUUAUGAAGUAUGUUCGAGCUUUGGUGUUUCAUCCAAUAAAAACAGGUGCAAACUUUUCACCAGGUCCAAAUGCAUAGCAAAUGUGCCCCUAACUCUGUUUUGGCAAAUAUCUAUACAGGCUAGGUUUAUAUACCAUUUCACAAAAGGUUUCAGAUUGCACAUUGCAAAACAGGAACUACAUUCUUAGAAAAAAAUCUAGAACCUAAGAGGGUUCUUCGGCUGUCCCAAUAGGAGAACCCUUUGAAUAACCCUUUUUGGUUACAGAAAGAACCCUUUUGAUUCCAGGUAGAACCCUAUUAGGUUCCAUGUAGAACCCUUUCCCAGAAGAACCCAAAGAGUUCUACCUGGAACAAAAAAAUAGUUAUCCUAUGGGAUAGCCAAAGAACCCUUUUGGAAGCCUUUUUUCUAAGAGUGUAGGCGGUAUGAUUACUGAGCUACUGUAAAAGUGAGUACAGAACCUAUGAUGCCUACUCUCACCUAGCCCCAGUAAUGUUGUGUUGUAUCUACUCUCACCUAGCCCCAGUAAUGUUGUGUUGUAUCUACUCUCACCUAGCCCCAGUAAUGUUGUGUUGUAUCUACUCUCACCUAGCCCCAGUAAUGUUGUGUUGUAUCUACUCUCACCUAGCCCCAGUAAUGUUGUGUUGUAUCUACUCUCAUCUAGCCCCAGUAAUGUUGUGUUGUAUCUACUCUCACCUAACCAAAAUAACGUUGUGUUGUAUCUACCCUGUGCUCUUGAAAGCAGCCCCGUUCACUUGGCUUAUAAAUAGGGCACACAGGAACUAGCCACUUCCUGACUGAUCUCCUCUCUUCUUUAGAUCUCUCUUUAGUCAGAGACCAGAUCAUUUGUAUCACACUGAAAUGCACUCCUAGGUGUUGCUAUGUGCUAAAACAGACUAAGACUUAGAAGCUAAGUGGUAUUGAAGGACCGUGGUAUUAGACAGUUAGUGGCAUCCAUUUUGUUUUAAAGGGGCUUUUAAGGCUAUGAAAUUUUGUUUUGUCAAGUAUUUUCUUACUUUAUCUUAGCAUUAGGUUUAACCUUGGUCUGCUUCAUAGGUUUGAGGGUAUUGGGUAUUGACCAAUUGAAACAGAAGGAUCUGAUCCAUUUUGAUGUGAACUCAAAUGUGGUUCCUACCUAACAUUUGUCCUUUACAAAUGCAUAGCAAGGAUGAUAAUGCCUUGUCCAAGACUUUAGGAAGUAAAAUAUGUAAACAUGAUUUGUUUUAUAUUUUUAAAGUUUAAAGUUGUACUAUUAGGUCUAACAGUAGAUACUAUGUUAAUUCAUCUAUUGUUAUUUUGAAAAUCUAAUUGCACAUAACACAUUUUCUUAUGAACUACUUAAUAUUUAAGUUAAUAAUCUUGUCACACACUCCUUGUGGUUGGUUGGUCCGUCAUUGAAGAAAAAUAAUACAUUUAUCCCCUCAAACUGGCUUAUAGCUGUAGCUGAGUUGCAAAUGUAUGUUGAGGUUUGUAAUAUUGUUAUGUAAUAUAUUUCAUUGUACAAAUGCUCUUACUAAUAAUUGGCCUGAUAAGGUUUAUACGCCUGUAGACAUUUUUGACACGGUUUAACAUGUAGCUUUAUAAAGCAUGUCUGAAUAAAUGUUGCUUACUGUAUGAAA